AUGCCUAGUUAUCCAUCUUUUGAGGAUUCAAUUAUAAAAUCCAGUACUCAAUCAUUGAGUGGAUCGGCCAAUGUGUCCGCCACAAACUCUGGGUCGGACUCCCCAGGUGAAUAUUCUGAACUGAGGUCGCUAAACGUUCCACAGUCUUUAGAUGUCAAAAGACAGUUGUCACAGUCGUUUCAAACAGGCAGCUCCCAUGGUGGAAGUGCUGGCAUUUCAAAGCCACAUUCAAGAAAGAAUUCAUUAAUGCCCAUGAAAUCUAAUAGUGACGACGAAGAUGACGACAAAGAUGGACAAGGGAAUGAACGUAAACGCAGAGAUAAUAUUAACGAUAAAAUCCAGGAACUAUUAACUUUAAUACCUUCAGAAUACUUUCAAGAAGUUCCAUCAAACACACAAGUAGCUAACCCUAACGAUAACGAUGCAGCUAUAGCUGCAGCGGUGAAGAACUCAGGUACAAAAGAUGGAAAACCAAACAAGGGUCAAAUAUUGACAAAGUCAGUAGAAUACUUACAAUAUCUUCAAAACAUAAUUGAUGAAAACAAUAGGAAAGAGGUAGAGUUGAGGAUGAGGCUUAAGACGUCACAACUCAAGCUUCAAAAUAAACAGGCAACACCAGACCAACUUAACAUUGAUCAUACUAGUGCCGAAAAAGCACUUGGUAAAAUUGGCGUGGGGCCAUUGUCUGACGAAUAUUUCAAAGAAAUACUUAUCAGCAGCACAAAUGGAAAGCAGAGAAGAGGGAGUUCAAGUGACUCUUAA